AUGGCCGACACUGGAGAGAGCGAUGACGAAUUCCAGUUUCUACGAACAGGAGAUGAGGUGGUUUUGCAGAGUACCUUCACCUCCCAGGAGGAACAUGUGAAACUCUGUCUUGCAGCAGAGGGAUUUGGCAGCAGACUCUGCAGGCUUGAGCCCACUUCUAACCGCAAGAAUGUGCCUCCAGACUUGUCUGUUUGUGGCUUUGUGGUGGCCCAGUGUCUCUCUGUUCGAGCCCUGCAGGAGAUGCUGGCCCAUAGUGAUCACCUGGCUGUAGAGGUGAGAGUGGGAGCUGGAGGAAGCCAUCGCACCCUCCUAUACGGCCAGGCAGUGUUGUUCCUACACUCAUACAGUGGCAUGUAUCUCAGCUGCUUGUCUUCAUCUCACGCUUCAACGGACAAGCUGGCUUUUGAUGUUGGUCUGCGGGAGGAUAAAGCAGGUGAGGCUUGUUGGUGGACCGUCCACCCAGCAUCCAGACAGAGGUCAGAAGGUGAGAAAGUGCGUGUUGGAGAUGACCUCAUACUGAUCAAUGUUUCUUCAGAGAGAUAUCUGCACCUGUCCUUUGGCACUGUAGUUGACAACAAAAGCUUGAGUGAAAGCCUGAUUGUUAAUGCGGCCUUCCAGCAGACUCUCUGGAGUGUGGCUCCCAUUUGCUCUGGAGGUGGGGUUGCUCAAGGAUACCUGAAGGGGGGCGACACAUUGCGGCUACUCCACAGCCAUAGUGACGCAUGUCUGACUAUUCCAUCCACAGAGCAGGGAGAGGAACUGCAAAGGAUAAUGCAUUAUGAGACUGGAUCAGUAUCCAGCCAUGCCCGCUCUCUCUGGAGGCUGGAGAUUCUGCGUGUUGUUUGGAGUGGCAGACAUGCAUGCUGGGGGCAGCCUUUCCGGCUCUGCCAUGUGACUACUGGGAGGUAUCUGGGUCUUACAGAGGAGAAAGGCCUGCAUCUGGUCAACCGAGACAAGGCUGAUGUCAACACAACCUCCUUCUGCUUUAGAUCCUCAAAGGAGAAACUUGACACUGGCACAAAGACUCAUAUUGAUGGCAUGGGGAUCCCAGAGAUCAAAUAUGGAGACUCCAUCUGUUAUGUUCAGCAUGUAGACUCUGGGCUCUGGCUCACCUACCAAGCUAUUGAUGCCCAAUCUACACGCAUGGGAUGGACUCAGAGAAAGGCCAUUUUGCACAGUGAGGGUCAUAUGGAUGAUGGGCUGUCGCUGUCUCGUUGUCAGCGGGAAGAAUCUCACACUGCCAGACUCAUCCGGAGCGCUACUCUCCUCUUCACUCACUUCAUCAGGAAACUGGAUAGUUUUAGACAACAAGGAAACCUCACAUUUGUCAGCCUGCCUAUGGAGAUGGUGACAUGUAGUCUUCAGGAUCUAAUAAACUACUUCAGGCCUCCACUGGAGGGGCUAGGCCACGAAGCUAAACAGAACAACAUGACGGCACUAAAGAAUCGUCAGAACAUGUUUCAAGAAGAGGGUGUAGUAGAUUUGGUCAUAGAGUGUAUUGACCGUCUACACCAAGAUAGCAGUGGCUCUCAUUUGUCUGAUGCUACUCAAAGUGAAACAGGAGACGACUGGGAGCACACCCUCAACCGUUUCUAUGAGCUACUGGCUGCUCUGAUCCGGGGAAACCGUGUGAACUGUGCACAUUUCUCAGCUUCUCUCGACUGGCUGAUAAGCAGGCUAGACCGUCUGGAGGCCUCUUGUGGAGUCUUGGAGGUUCUACACUGUGUCUUAGUGGAAAGUCCUGAAGUACUCAACGUCGUCAAAGAAGGACACAUUCAUUCUAUCAUCUCUUUUCUAGACAAGCAUGGAUGCAACCACAAGGUGCUGGAGGUGCUGUGCUCUCUGUGUGUGUGUCAUGGUGUAGCUGUGCGAUCUAAUCAGAACCUCAUCUGUGACAACCUGCUGCCAAACAGAGACUUGCUGCUUCAAACACGUCUGGCUAAUCAGGUCACAAGCAUGAGACCAAACCUCUUUUUGGCUCUGGGAGAAGAAUCAGCCCAGCAUCGGAGGUGGUACUAUGAGCUGGUUGUAGAUCAUGUCGACUCCUUCCUCACACCUGAACCCACCCACCUGCGUGUUGGCUGGGCUUGCUCUGAGGGCUACCAGCCCAGACCCACAGGAGGUGAGGGCUGGGGGGGCAACGGAGUGGGAGACGACCUCUGCUCGUACGGCUUUGAUGGGCUUCACCUCUGGUCAGGCUCCGUGGGCCGCAGGGUGAGCUCUCCCUUCCCUCACCUGCUGAGAGACGACGAUGUGGUCAGCUGCUGUCUUGACCUCAGUACUCCUUGCAUCUCCUUCCGGGUCAACGGUCUACCUGUGCAGGGCAUGUUGGAGAACUUCAGCGCUAAUGGACUUCUUUAUCCUGUGAUCAGCUUCUCUGCAGGAGUCAGGGUUCAUUUUCUGUUCGGGGGACGGCAUGGAGAGUUUCGCUUCCUGCCUCCACCAGGUUUUGCUCCGUGUUCUGACGCUCUGCUCCCGAGAGUCAAGCUGAAGUUAGAGCCAUGUCAGAAAUACAUCUUGGAUUGUGGAGAGGGGACACAAGAGCUCAUUGGCCCUUUAGUACCUGCAACUCCUGUGACCUUUACUCCCACACCAGUAGACAUCAGCAAGGUGGUAUUGCCCUCGCAACUUGAGGAUAUCAGAGAAAAAAUGGCUGAGAAUAUCCAUGAACUCUCGGCAAUGGAUAAGAUUGAUCUUGGAUGGACACAUGGACCUGUGAGAGAUGAAGUUAAGAAGCAUGAGCCAUGUCUGGUGGAGUUCUGCAAGCUGUCGGAGCAGGAUAAGAGCCAAAACCUUCAAAUGACUCAGGACACCCUCAGGACUCUCCUUGCCCUUGGUUUCAACAUUGGUUUGACUGAUGACCACGCUGAGGAGAGAGUCAAAUACAUGAGACUUGCCAACAAGUAUGAGCAGCCCAGUGGCUAUAGACCGGCCCCAGUAGACUUGAGCCAGGUUUUUCUAAGCCCAGCCCACGAGGAGGUGGUUAACUUGUUGGCAGAGAAUGAUCACAAUGUGUGGGCCAGAGAGCGCAUCAAGCAGGGAUGGACCUAUGCAGCUCAACAGGAUGUGAAGGCGAAGCGUAGCCCGUACCUCGUGCCCUACAGCCUUCUUGAUGAACGGAGAAGGAGAGCGGGCAUGGAGAGUGUCAGAGAGGCUGUCUGUACUCUGCCGGCCUACGGUUACAGCUUGGAGCCUCUCAACCAUGAACGAACCAUAUUAUCAAAUCCAUGUCUCUCCUCUGCUGAGAAGUGCAGAGUGUUCAGACCAGAUAAAUCGUACUCUGUGACCCGGGGGAAGUGGUACUUUGAACUUGAAAUAGUGACAGCUGGGAAUAUGCGAGUGGGCUGGGCCCGACCAGGCUGUACCCCAGAUAAAGAGCUCGGCUCAGAUGACCAGGCAUUUGUUUUCGAUGGAUUUGAGGCUCAGUGGUACCAUCAGGGCGUUGAGCCCCUGGGACGUCCGUGGCAGAGAGGCGACGUGGUGGGUUGCUUGUUGGACAUGGCUGAACGCACCAUGAUUGUGACGCUCAAUGGAGAGGUGCUGUUUAAUGACAGAGGAUCAGAGCUGGCUGCCAAGGACUUUGAUAUCGGAGACGGCCUGUUGCCUGUAGUCAGUAUUGGGGUGAACCAGGUGGGAAGGCUGAACCUGGGCCACAAAGUGAGCUCUCUGCAGUACUUUACUGUGUGUGGGCUGCAGGAGGGCUAUGAACCAUUUGCUGUCAACAUGGCCAGAGACCCACCCCUGUGGAUGAGCUGGAUACAGCCUCAGUUUACCUCCAUAAUGCCUGAUGAUCAAAACCUACAGGUCACCAGAGUCAGUGGCUCAAAGGAUUCCUUAUCCAGCCUGAGGGUUUCUCAGCGGUUGUUUGCACACCACGGUGGAGGCAGUGAGAUGGGCUUUUACCGGCUCAGCAUGUCCAUCCAGUGUGCUGCCAUCCUCACUAGCCCUUCGGGGGGCGUGCUUCCUGUGGCCUCCAGCUCUCUCUCUCCAGGUUCAGAUGAUGAGGAGUUGGACUCUGACUUUGAAGUGCUGAUGAAGUCAGCCCACAGCUUUGCUGGCUCAAGAGAUGAGCUCAACCAUAAGGAUCAUAGUCACGACAAAACAUCGAGAUUGAAACAACGGUUCAUGCUGAAGAGGACAAAACCAGAGCUAGUCAGCAGCAACUCAUCUGCACGGCUUCUAGAAGACGUCGUAGUCGACAAGGAUAACCAUGAUCACCUUCUCCAGAGCUACAGAUAUUACUACUCAGUGAGGGUUCUUCCAGGCCAGGAGCCGUUUAAUGUGUGGGCAGGCUGGGUGACCUCUGACUUUCAUCAGCAUGACAUGACUUUUGACACUGACAGUGUCCUCACUGUGACUGUCACCCUUGGAGACGACAGUGGAAAAGUGCAGGAAAGUGUGAAGCGGUGUAACUGUUACAUGGUGUGUGCUGGAGAGGCAACAGGCCUGUCUCAGAGUCGCAGAAGUUCAGGUUUGGAAAUUGGCUGUUUAAUUGACACAGCCACUGGGCUGCUCACCUUCACCUCCAGUGGAGUGGAAAUGGCCACCUUCUACCAAGUUGAAGCCGGUACAAAGCUGUUUCCGGCUGUUUUUGUCAAGCCCACUACGAGCAACAUGUUUCAGUUUGAGCUGGGAUGCAUUAAGAAUGUGAUGCCACUGUCAGCAGGUUUGCUUCGCAGCCAAAGAAGGAAUGCAACCCCUCAGUGUCCUCCAAGGCUUCAGGUCCAGCAUCUAAACCCCGUUUCUUGGAUCAGAGUACCAGAACGCGCAUUAAAGGUGAUGGUGGAUCGGCCAGAUGAGUGCCACGGCUGGAGAGUCCAAUGCCAUGAGCCCCUGCAAGUCAUGACCCUUCAGAUUGCUGAUGAAAACAGGUCUGUUAACAUUUUGGAGCUGUCGGAACUUGAUGACCUCCUGACCUUUCACCACCACACACUCCUUCUCUACUGCUCCUUAUGCGCCCUUGGAAACACCAGAGUUUGCCACGCACUCUGCAGUCACGUGGACCAAUCCCAGGUCCUUCAUGCCAUUCAGAAUCCCCACCUCCCUGGUCCCCUCCGCUCCGCAUUUUAUCAGCUCCUUACUCAGGUUCACCUCAGCAGCUACACCACAGCGUGUCAAAUGAUGAACCACGAAUAUAUUGUGCCUAUGACUGACCAGACCAGAGAAAUCACCCUUUAUCCCAGCUCUGCUAAUGGUGUCGAUGGGGAGAAUGGUCUACCUCCAGAAGGCUUUUCCAGCACUAGUCUUAGCACAUCCCUUAAACCACAGAUGCAUUUCUCAUCUCCUUGUUUUGUAAGGAGUGAUGGGAUGGAAGGAGAUGGUGCAGGGGAAAUAGCCUGCACAGACAGCCCAGAAAUCCCUCUGGACAUAUUGAAGAACCUGACUGUGGAGAUGCUGACUGCUGGAGUUUGGGCUGUAGGUCAGGGUGUGAGGGAUCCUGUAGGAGGCAGCAUUGAGCUUCUUCUGGUUCCCCUAAUUAGACUGUUCUACACCCUACUGGUUAUGGGGGUAUUUGUGGGUGAGGACCUAGGAAAAGUUCUGAGACUGAUAGAUCCAGGAGUUUUCUCUAUAGAUGCCGGAACCAUCGCGAAGGAAGAGGAAGAAGAAGCUAGUGAUGAUGAAAAGGAAUGGAAAGGGUGCAACAAAAACGAAGAUUACCUUAAACAAGGACUUCUUCAAAUGAAGCUUCCUGAAGCUGUCAAACUUGAGCUCUGCCGUCUGCUGUCCUACCUGUGCGAUUGCCAGGUGCGCCAUCGGGUAGAGGCUGUGGUUGCGUUUUCUGACAACUUUGUUGGUCAGCUGCAGGAGAACCAACGCUUUCGCUACAACCAGGUCAUGCAAGCACUCAACAUGUCUGCCGCUCUCACAGCCCGCAAGACCAAGGAGUUCCGCUCACCUCCACAGGAGCAGAUCAAUGUGCUGCUGAGCUUCAGAGAGGAUGAGCAGCAGGAAAACUGUCCAUGUCCAGUAGAAAUCCAACAGCUCCUGCAAGACUUCCAUCAGCUUCUCAGAACACACUGUGGCAUUGAAUUGGACAGUGACCCAGAGGAUGAAGAGAAUGCAGAGAUGUCUCUUAAAGACCGACUUCUCAGUCUAGUGGCGAGAGUCGUUGGACUGAUGAAGACACCAAUAGAUGUGGAAGGGAGUAGACCGCAGAGCGCCAGUAAGUGCAUCGAUUCCCUCAAAACGCUGAUCUCUGAGACGAUGGUGCGUUGGGCUCAAGAGACUGAGAUGGAGGACCCUGAACUUGUUAGGGCUGUCUUCUCAUUGCUUCACCGCCAGUAUCAGGGCCUUGGGGGGCAAAUGACAGGACACCUCUGCAGAGCCUAUACGAUCAGCCAGGUAUCGGUAGAAGACACCAUGGCUCUUCUUUCCUCUCUGAGCCAAAUCCGCUCCCUCCUCAGUGUCCGCAUGGGGAAAGAAGAAGAGAGGCUGAUGAUUAGAAGACUAGGAGACAUCAUGAAUAAUAAAGUUUUCUACCAGCACCCUAACCUGAUGAGGGCAUUGGGGAUACAUGAGACUGUGAUGGAGGUGAUGGUCAAUGUUCUUGGAGAAGGGGAAUUAAAGGAGAUUACCUUUCCGAAGAUGGUGGCCAGCUGUUGUCGAUUCCUGUGUUAUUUUUGCCGCAUCAGCCGUCAUAAUCAGGGCGCCCUGUUUGACCAUCUCAGUUAUCUGCUGGAGAACAGCAGUGUUGGUCUAGCUUCACCAUCCAUGCGUGGGGCCACUCCUCUGGAUGUGGCGGCAGCCUCUGUUAUGGAUAAUAACGAGCUGGCCUUAGCACUGAGGGAACCUGACCUAGAGAAGGUGGUUCAGUACCUUGCUGGCUGCUGUCUCCGGAGCUGUCCGAUGCUCGUGGCUAAAGGCUAUCCUGAUAUUGGAUGGAACCCUGUGGAGGGCGAGCGUUACCUGGAUUUUCUACGUUUUGCUGUGUUCUGCAAUGGUGAGAGUGUAGAGGAGAAUGCUUAUGUGGUGUUGAGGUUGCUGAUCCGUCGGCCUGAGUGUUUUGGCCCUGCCCUGCGAGGUGAUGAAGGAAAUGGCCUCCUAGCAGCCAUGGAGGAAGCCAUCGGCAUCUCAGAGGACCCUUCUAUGGACGGACCUUGCACCACCUACCAGUCCAACAGAACACUAGAUGUUGACCAGGACAACGAUGAUGACCUCAUUCACAUGGGGCACGCCAUCAUGACCUUCUACUCAGCCCUUAUCGACAUGCUGGGGCGAUGUGCUCCAGAGAUGCAUUUGAUUCAACGGGGCAAAGGAGAAGCUAUAAGGAUCAGAGCCAUUCUCAGAUCGCUCAUCCCCAUUCAGGAUCUUGAGGGCGUCAUCAGCAUCUCCUUUCAAAUCCCUUCAGUGACUAAAGAUGGUCUCGUGGUCGAGCCUGACCUAUCGACAGUGUUCUGCCCGGACCACAAGGCAGCUGUGGUUCUUUUCCUGGACCGGGUUUAUGGCAUUGAGAACCAGAACUUUCUUCUCCACCUACUAGAAGUUGGCUUUCUGCCUGACCUUCAGGCAGCUGUCUCUCUUGACACUGCUGAAUUAGGAUCCACUGAUAUGGCCUUGGCCCUCAACAGAUACUUAUGCACAUCUGUUCUUCCCCUACUCACCAAAUGUUCAGCACUCUUUUGCCCUUUAGAGGAUCAUGGUUUGCUGAUGGAUUCUCUCAUCCAGGCAAUCUACAACCUCUCCAGGGCUCUUAGCUUGACCAAGGCUCAGAGAGACACUAUUGAAGAAUGUUUGUUAGCCGUGUGCAGUCAACUCCAACCAUCUAUGAUGCAGCCUCUUCUACGACGUCUUGUCUUCGAUGUUCCCCAUCUCACAGACUACAGCAAGAUGCCAUUAAAGCUCUUGACCGGUCACUAUGAGCAGAGGUGGAAGUACUACUCACUAGCUGGAGGGCCGGGUGACCACGGUUUGGCCUCUGAAGAGGAGCUCCACCUAUCAAGAAAGUUGUUCUGGGGCGUGUUAAAGGCCCUGGUAAAGAAGCCCUAUGAGCCUCAGUUAUUCAGGCUGUCUGUCCAGUGCCUGGCUGCAGUGUCCAUGGCCCUGCCCCCUAACCACAUUGACUCAAGCUGUGUGUCCCAUGAGGAGAGACAAGCCUCGAUGGACACAGAAGGACACUUUGAACCCCAGCCUGUAGAUACCUCCAACGUGUCAGUGCCAGAGAGACUGGAGUUCGUAGUUAACAAGUAUGCUGAGCACACUCACGAGAAGUGGUCACUGGACAAGUUUGCCAAUGGCUGGGUUCAUGGGGAGCAGCUAUGUGAGAACACCAAGGUUCACCCUCUCCUCAAGCCAUACAGGGCUCUGGCUGAGAAGGAGAAGGAGGCAUACCGCUGGGCAAUUAAAGAAACAAUAAAGAGUAUGUUGGCCUUUGGAUGGACCAUAGAGAGAACCAAAGAAGGAGACGCAUUUGGCACACAUACCUGUACACCCAGGGUAUCUCAGUCUGGACAGCUGUCUUUUGAAGGAGCAUCAACCUUCAGCCCCAAACCUAUGGACGUGAGCAGCAUCACCUUAUCAUGGGACCAGUGUGCUAUGUCUGAACAGUUGGCUGAAAACUACCACAAUGCCUGGGCUAAGAGGAAGAAAUCAGAACUUGAGAGUAAAGGAGGGGGUGGCCAUUCAAUGCUUGCACCAUAUGAUACCCUGACUGCCAAGGAGAAGACCAAAUUCAGGGAGAGAGCAAAGGAUAUCCUGAAGUUCCUUCAGCUCAGUGGCUACACUGUGUGGAGGGAUCGGAAGACAGUGGAGAUGGACUUUCCAGCCAUAACCAACUGCUUUGGCUACACUCUCCUUCAGCGGCUGCUGUCUCACACCGAGGAUGCUCAAGAGCACAUUUUGGAGCUGGCCAGAGGACAGAUGUCCAAAGGAGAUAAAGCUCCACGCCAGCAAGCAAUGGACUUCUUUCCCAAGGUCAUCCUUCCUCUUUUGGAACAAUAUGUGAAGAGCCACCGUCUGUAUUUCCUGUCCACUUCUCUCCACUCAAGAAGCUAUGCGUCAAAAAAGGAAAAGGAGAUGAUUGCGAGCCUCUUUUGUAAGCUUGCAGCUCUGGUAAGACACAGGAUUUCACUCUUUGGAAACGAAGUGUCAUCAAUUGCGAGCUGCCUCCAUGUUUUGUCUCGGGCUCUGGAUGCCAGGACAUUGAUGAACUCAGCCCCAGAGUCUAUCCAAGCAUCUCUGCAUUCAUUCUUUGAGGCAGCUGCCACAGAUCUGGAGAUGACUGUGGAAAACCUCUCUGUGACCUUGGCCUGUUUACCUCAGAGUAGGAGUCAACAGGCUAGAGGAGUAGCCAAGGUUCUCAGCUUCACAACCUCUGUUCUCCUUCCCACUCUCACUUCCCUUUUCCAGCAUCUUGGCAACCAAAACUAUGGCGUGGACCUCCUGGUGGGGAGUAUCCAGCUGUCCUGUUACAGGAUCCUCAACAGCCUCUUCUCUCUUGGCACCAGUAGCAGCAUCUACAUGGAGGGGCAGAGGCCAGCAGCAGGUGCUUGUCUGGCAGCCUUGGCUGGGACUUUUCCUGUGUGCUUCCUGGAGCCAUCCUUAAACCAAGACAAUCCUUACUCCAUUUACAACACCAUGAGUGCUUCUCAGAUAGAAGACCUGGGGCUGCCUGAUCAGGUGGAAGACAUGUGUCCCCUCCUGCCCCCUCUCGAACAGGCUCUGGGUGAAGUGGAGGAGUUGGCAGGCGCUGGCGCUGGAGCUCGCCAGGCCCACUACAUCCAGGUCACAGAGGUCACUUUACCUCUGCUCUGCAGCUACGUGUCCCGUUGGUGGUACUGGGGCCCUGAGGGCCAGCCAGACAACCCAAUCUGCACCGCUGUCACGCCUCAACAUGCUAGCGACCUUCUGGGCCACAUCCUCCGGAUCAUCCACAACCAUGUGGGAGCUAGCCAGGGCGAUUGGAUGAAACAGCUGGCAGUUUUUGCUCAGCCAAUUACAUGCAAAGCUGGCACCGAGCUGUUAAAGAGCCACUUCCUGCCACUGAUGGAGAAGUUGAGGAAGAGGGCCAAAUGUGUGCUUCUAGAGGAGGAGCAGAUAAAAGCAGAAGGGUGUGAUACCUCCGAAGCAGAGUUGCAGAUACAGGAGAAGUUCACUGUGCUGGUGCGAGACCUCUACGCCUUCUAUCCCCUCCUCAUCCCAUUUGUGGAUUGUAAUCGAGCCAGCUGGCUGAAAGAUUUGAGCCCUGACGCUGAGCAGCUGUUCAGCAUGGUGGCAGAGAUCUUUACAUUCUGGGCCAAAUCUCAUACUUUCAAGUGGGAGGAACAGAACUUUGUAGUACAAAAUGAAAUCAACAACUUGGCUUUCUUGGUCAACUACGACAAAAUGACCAAGUUUGACCAUGAGCAGAGAAGGAUGAAGAGGAAGGGAGAUCGUUAUUCCACUCACACCUCUCUUAUUGUGGCCUCCAUGAAGAGACUACUCCCUGUGGGACUCAGGGUUUGUUUUCCAAGCGACCACAGCCUUAUCAUGUUGGCAAAGAGCGGCUUCACUCAGAAAAACACUCGAGAUGAGAUUCGAGAACAAAUUUCCAAUUGUCGUAAAAAUCUUCAGAGUCAGGCAUCAGAAUGUUUGAUGCAGGAAACCCUUUAUGCAGAACACCUGAGCCAGCUAGGGGCCAUUCCUGACGCACAAAAGACUGUAGACAGGAUUCUGGAAAUAGCUCAAGUCUUUUAUUACCUGGACCAGGUGAGCUUUUAAAACAAUAGAAAAAAUUGGGUUCAGGUGGAGCAUCCGCAGAGAAGUAUAAAACCUGCGUGGCACAAGGUCUUAUCCAAACAGAGGAAACGAGCAGUGGUGGCCUGCCUAAGGAUGGCUCCCCUCUACAACUUACCCAGGCACAGAGCUGUCAACCUGUUCCUCCAAGGCUACAAUAAAUCCUGGAUAUCAGCUGAGGACCACAACUUUGAAGAGAGGCUUGUGGAGGAUUUGGCUGUGAGUUAAAAAAAUGAAGAGGAAGAAAAGAAUGUGGAGGAAGGUGCCAAACCAAUCGAUCCCCUCCUACAACUCAUUACACUCUUCAGUCGAAGCGCCCUGACGGAAAGGAGUAAGCUUGGAAAUGACGGCCUCUAUAAGUCCUACGCUGCUAUUAUGGCCAAGAGCUGCCACAGAGAGGAUGAUGAGGAUGAAGAUCAGGAGGUGGAAAGCUUUGAAGAAAAGGAGAUGGAGAAACAGAAGUUGCUGUACCAGCAGGCCAGGCUGCAUCGCCGUGGAGCUUCAGAGAUGGUCCUGCAAACCAUCAGUGCAAGCAAAGGGGCCAUGGGCUCUAUGAUUGCCCCGACAUUGAAGUUGGGUAUUGCUGUUCUCAAUGGAGGGAAUGCCACUGUUCAACAGAAAAUGCUGGAUUAUCUGAGAAAGAAACAGGACGUUGGCUUCUUUCAGAGCAUGGCUGGACUCAUCUGGUCAUGUAGUGUUCUGGAUCUGAAUGCAUUUGAGAGGCAGAACAAAGCGGAAGGAUUAGGCAUGGCCAUGGACGAGAGCUCAGGAGAGAAGGUGAUGCUCGACAAAGACAUAACCUGUGAUCUAUUCCGUUUUCUACAGCUGCUCUGUGAAGGACACAACUCAGAUUUCCAGAAUUACCUGAGGACACAAACAGGCAACAACACCACUGUCAACAUCAUAAUAACCACUGUGGACUAUUUACUGAGAGUUCAGGAGUCAAUCAGUGACUUCUACUGGUACUACUCGGGGAAGGAUGUGAUUGACAAACACGGACAACAGAACUUCUCCAAAGCCAUCGAGGUGGCCAAACAGGUCUUCAACACACUCACUGAGUACAUACAGGGCCCCUGCAGUGGAAACCAACAGAGCCUAGCUCACAGCCGUCUGUGGGACGCUGUUGUAGGUUUCCUCCAUGUCUUUGCCCACAUGCAGAUGAAGCUCUCUCAGGAUUCAAGGCAAAUUGAACUUCUGAAAGAGCUCAUGGAUUUACAAAAGGACAUGGUGGUUUUCUUGCUUUCCAUGUUAGAAGGUACUGUCGUUAAUGGAACUAUUGGAAAGCAGAUGGUGGAUAUGUUGGUGGAAUCAUCCGCCAAUGUUGAGAUGAUUCUCAGGUUUUUUGACAUUUUCCUCAAACUUAAAGACCUCACCUCCUCGGAUGCCUUCAAAGAGUACGACCCUGAUCAUGAGGGCUGCAUCUCCCGGAAGGACUUCCAGAAAGCCAUGGAGAAUUGUAAGCGUUACUCCCAAGCUGAGAUUCACUUCCUCCUCUCCUGCAUGAAGACGAACGAUAGUGAAAUUGUGGAUUAUGAGGCCUUUGUGGAUCGCUUCCAUGAGCCAGCCAAAGACAUCGGCUUCAGCUUUGCCGUCCUCCUCACCAAUUUGUCCGAACACAUGCCCAACGAUUCAAGGCUCAAGGCAUUCAUGGAACUGGCAGAGUGUGUCUUGACAUACUUCCAGCCCUAUCUUGGACGUAUUGAGAUCCUCGGCAGUGGGAAGCGCAUUGAACGUGUCUACUUUGAGAUCAGCGAAUCCAGCCGCACACAAUGGGAGAAGCCGCAGGUCAAAGAGUCCAAGAGGCAGUUCAUUUUUGAUGUGAUCACUGAGGGCGGGGAGAAGGAGAAAAUGGAGAUGUUUGUCAAUUUCUGCGAGGACACCAUCUUUGAGAUGCAGCUGGCAGCCCAGAUAUCUGACUCUGACACUGGAGAGAGGCAUGCUGAUACAGGAGGAGAAGAAAAGAGCGAAGAUGAAGAUGUGGGCAACAAAGGAAUGUUUUUCAUGCAUCAUUGGUUGUUGCUGCUGAUAUCUUUACUUUCUGUCAAAAACCUGAAGACGUUGAUGAAGAUGACCCUGAAGGAUAUCCUCAUGUCAGCUGUGUUCUUCCUCAGAUUCAUUUUUAUGGCUCAGGUCCGGUGUAUUUGUGUUGUAAUUGGCAGCAUCUCAUAUGUGCUGUACAUAGCCUUUGUUAGUGGUGGGCUCAUAGAGGGAGCCAAAAGGAUGAGGGUCUCAGACUUGCUCGGCGGUAUCCUUGAGCCAACUCUUGAUGAGGUCAUGGAGGUGCCAAGUGGUGUGGAUCGGCUGAGAAAGUACUCUGCCAGUCUGUCUUCCGAGAGAGAAUUGUGGGAGAUGGGCCAUGUGGCAGCUGUGACCUCCUCCAGGGAGAUGGAUGUACUGUCGGACAUAUUUGGCCUCAAAGUGAAGAAGGAGGGAGGUCAAUACAGACUUCUAACACAAGACCUCACUGCCAGUUUGACGGACCUGUUCAACACAACCUCCAAAACGAUUGCCUCUGCCGAUAUAUCUGAGAAGCAUCAGGGGACGGCCAACGGCACCACAGAGAAAAAAACAGAAGAUGAGACAAUCCCUGAUUUGGAGAAUGCAAAAGGAAAGGAAUCUGAGGGGAAAACUGGGAAAGAGAAAGCAGAGGCAAGAUGCAAAGUUAGGAGAUCUAAUAAGUCAGAGGAACCAGAGAACCAACACUCGGCCUUCUGGGAGAUGAUAAUCACUCAUAACAAGAGCCUGCUGAACUACUUUGCAAGGAAUUUUUACAACAUGCGCUUAUUGGCUCUGUUUGUUGCCUUUGCGAUCAACUUCAUCCUCCUCUUCUACAAGGUAGCGUCCUUGCCUGCAUCACAAGAUGAGGAAGGAGUUAUCCCAUCUGUUAACAGUGAUGGAUUGGACUCUGCUGGUAACGAUGACAACGAGGGCCGAGAUUAUUUUGUGCUGGAGGAGAGCAGUGGAUAUAUGGAACCGUCUCUCCAUUUCCUGGCUGUAGCUCACACAAUAAUCUCCUUCUGUUGUAUUAUCGGAUACUACUGCCUCAAGCUACCGUUGGUGAUCUUCAAACGUGAGAAGGAAGUGGCACGAAAGCUGGAGUUUGAUGGGCUGUAUGUGACAGAGCAGCCCCCUGAGGAGGACAUCAAAGGGCAAUGGGACCGACUGGUCAUUAACACACCAUCAUUUCCAAGUAAUUACUGGGAUAAAUUUGUAAAGAGAAAGGUGAUGGAUAAGUAUGGUGACUUUUAUGGCUGUGAGAAGAUUAGUGAACUCCUGGGUUUGGACCAAGCUGGAUUAGACUUUAGCUCUGAGAGAAAAGAGAGGAGGAAACUAAAAAGAGAAGCUGCCUGGAGUGCUCUAUUCAAUUCCAUUGACAUGAAGUACCAGGUCUGGAAACUAGGCGUUGUGUUCACUGAUAAUUCCUUCUUGUACUUGGCCUGGUACAUGGCCAUGUCAGUUCUUGGUCAUUAUAACAACUUCUUCUUUGCUGCCCACCUUUUGGACAUCGCCAUGGGCUGCAAGACACUCCGUACUAUCCUUUCCUCUGUUACACACAAUGGAAAACAGUUGGCCCUCACGGUGGGCCUGUUGGCGGUUGUGGUGUAUCUCUACACCGUUGUGGCCUUCAACUUCUUCAGGAAGUUUUACGACAAGAGUGACGACAAGGACGCCCGAGACAUGAAGUGCAAUGACAUGCUUACUUGCUACAUGUUCCACAUGUAUGUGGGAGUGCGUGCGGGCGGGGGCAUUGGUGACGAGAUCGAGGACCCUGCUGGAGAUGACUUUGAGGUGGAACGCAUGGUCUUCGACAUCACAUUUUUCUUCUUUGUCAUCGUCAUCCUCCUGGCUAUCAUCCAGGGCUUGAUAAUUGAUGCCUUUGGUGAGCUUCGUGACCAGCAGGAGCAGGUGAAAGAGGAUAUGGAGACUAAAUGUUUUGUAUGUGGAAUAGGAAGUGAGUACUUUGAUACAGUCCCUCAUGGCUUUGAGACUCACACUCUGCAGGAGCACAACUUGGCCAACUAUCUAUUUUUUCUGAUGUACCUUAUUAACAAGGAUGAAACUGAACACACAGGGCAGGAAUCCUAUGUGUGGAAAAUGUACCAGGAGCGUUGCUGGGAAUUCUUUCCUGUGGGAGACUGUUUCCGUAAGCAAUAUGAGGAUCAACUGGGAUGA